AAUUGUAAUUCCUAAUUACAAAGGUUUGGAGUCUGCGUCCUCUGAUACAGAAACUGACCUUGAGAAUCAAAAGAAGAACCUUAAACGCAAGAUGAAUAAAAAUGAUAAUGAAAACAUUUUGCUACAAAAGCUGUCAAAAUUAAAAUCAGUAGGUGAAACGUCGGCCUCAAAUAUGACAAAGCCCGAAACCGAAAUGCAUAAUAUGACUAAGGCUGUAGUACGCGUGGUUAAACUAGCUACUUCUAAACCACCAAUAAAUGAAGUAAAGAAAACAUCAAAGCAAAUUCCAAAAGAAGAUGUACAAUCUGAAGGUUCAACAGUUAAUGCAUUAAAAUUAAAAUUAAAAGAGAAGGAACAGCAGAUUAAGAAAUUGUUGCUAGAGAAUGCUAAGCUAAAAAGUCAAUUGCGUGAUGAAAUGGAUCAAAAAAAUAUUCUAUUUUCUUUGAAUGUUGAGUUACAAAGGAAAGUAAUAGGGCAGUUUUCAAAUAUACAAUCAUAUUUACAAGAUUUGACUACGGAAGUAACAGAAGUAGCAAACGCAAGUGCGGAAAGGAAUGUGCAGAUAAAAGCGGUGCAAUUCGAGGAGAAGAGAUUCAUUUGGGCCGUAAUAUUUGGAUUAAAAAGACAUGUUAUGAUGCAAUAGCAGGAAGGUCCCGAAUGACACCAUCUUUAUUUGUUAAGGAAAUUGCAAUCACAGUAUUUGGAAUUGAGGCAUUACGUGCAAGCACAGUGACAGGUGGCUUAUCCAAUAGAAUUAAAAAUAAGUUUCCUAAUGCAAAACCACCCUCAAAGUUGGAUUCUAUUAAAAUAAUGGCAAUUAGAGGUAAGAAAAAUUGCCAUCAAAACUUUUUAGAAAAUUAUUGAAAAUUUUGUUUGAAAUGUAAACUUUACUUUUUUUUUAUCAAUGAUAGACAUUA